GGCGGCGGCGACACGGAGCCGGCCGGGACCUCGGGGUGAGAGGGCACCGCGGGUCGGAGGUUCCGCGGGACGGCACGUGAGCAUCGGGCCCUGCUGUCCUCUGUCCGUAGGGGUCCGUAGCUGCGGGGACAGCCGGCGUGCGGCGUAUGGCCACGGGGUUACGCUGUGCGGACUCCAUGCCCUGUCACAACCAAAAAGUAAACUCUGCCUCGACCCCGAGCGCCGAGCCGCCGCGACCUGGCGACGAGAUCGCGGAUCAUGCCGGGGGCAGCGGCGCCUCGGACACCAAGCCCAGCCUCGGCACGGGGCACGCCCACGGCGACGCGCCCGCCGACGGGACCCCUCAGGCCUGCGGGGUCGCCGGCCACAGCACGGACAGCAGCCUCGGGGACUGCGAAGUGUCCUGGCAGAUCGGGGCUCAGCUCAAGCUGCUGCCCAUGAACGAGCAGAUCCGGGAGCUGCAGACCAUCAUCCGCGACAAGACAGCCAGUAGAGGGGACUUCAUGUUUUCUGCAGAUCGUUUGAUCAGACUGGUUGUGGAAGAGGGAUUAAAUCAGCUACCGUAUAAAGAAUGCACGGUCACCACUCCCACAGGGUACAAGUAUGAAGGAGUGAAAUUUGAGAAGGGAAACUGUGGGGUCAGCAUAAUGAGAAGCGGUGAGGCGAUGGAGCAGGGUUUACGGGAUUGCUGUCGAUCCAUACGGAUUGGGAAGAUCCUGAUCCAGAGUGACGAGGAGACACAACGAGCAAAAGUAUAUUAUGCCAAGUUCCCUCCAGACAUUUACAGGAGAAAAGUCCUUCUGAUGUACCCCAUUCUCAGCACUGGGAAUACUGUAAUUGAAGCCGUAAAGGUCCUUCUAGAACAUGGAGUCCAGCCCAGUGUUAUCAUCCUUCUCAGCCUGUUCUCCACACCUCACGGUGCCAAAUCAAUCAUUCAAGAGUUUCCAGACAUCACGAUUUUAACUACAGAAGUUCAUCCUGUUGCACCAACACAUUUUGGACAGAAAUACUUUGGCACAGACUAAGUCAUUGAAGGAAAAUUCAUUAUCUUGUGUCAUAUUACAGUUAUGUUUUGAGUUUCUGUCUGUCUUACGAAUUCACUUGAGGAAUGGCAGAGAAGAUUGUGUUAAAGAUGCUUUGUAAUUUUUAGAAGUGGGUAUAGUUGAAAGGAAAUAUUUGAGGCUUAUUUAUUUUAUUCGGUUAUUUCUUGACCGUUGACACCAAAUUCAACAAUGACACACGCGCAACUCUUAGAAAAUAUUUCGAUAACGUUCUUUAUGCAAAUUGCUGAGCCCUCAGUGCAUCGAAGCUAUUCCCUCAGUUAUGAACCUCUCAGUGUGCAGGUCGCUUGCAGCCUGAAAUCAAACUCAAACGGGAGUCAGUUCUUUGGCCCGCUAUUGUACUUCGUUAGUUGGUUUUUAGCUCUAGGGAGCCUCGUUUAUGUAGGUUCAGUUCUGUUGUCACCUUCCUCAGCUCUUUACUUCCCUCUACUAUACAUGCUGGUACCUUGGAGAGGAUGAAAAACAUUUUCUCCCGGAAUCUUCCAUUUCCGUAGUAUCUUCACUCAGUUGCAUAUAUGGUUAGCCCUUCAGUCAAGCCAUUAUGUUCUUCAUGGCUCAUGUCCUACCCUGUGUAUUUCCGGUCGGUGCCUUGCCAAGUAGGUAAAGAAGUUGGGGCGUUUCCUGCAAGGGGAACUGUAACGUUUACCUGCUUAGAUUGAACCGGAGAUGUCUGGAUGCUGACAAGGGAGGGCUAAGUACCGUUAAUGCCUUCGGUGCCCCAGCAAGGAACUGGUGGUGGUUUUUCUGGGGGAAGGACAGUUUCUUGCUGGGUUUUAUGGCUAAUAAUUAGAUUAAAAUGCUUGAUUUUUAAUUUGAAUGUUUCUGCUAGAGGCCUUUGAUUCGGAAAUUAUUUUGCAUGUUUGUCAACUGUAGAUAUAGUAAAAUGGGAAAAAUACCAUGAUAUAUUUUUUUAAGUCCUUAAAAUCUAUGUAUUCGUAUUUAGGCUUCUAAAAGGAAGAUAAAUCACUUUAGAAAUCACAGUUUCUGUUCUAAAACUUGCUCGUCAAACCCCGAUCUCAUUUUACGUUGAUACUAAAACACUCUAACUGGCCGAUUACUUGAUUAAUUGUCCUCUCAGCCGCAGAGGCAGCCGCUGCGGGCCGCCGUUUAAGAAAAAGCAAGAGCAGAAGGCGGUGUUAGAAAGAGCCAGAGCUGGUGAAAGUCAGCAAAGAGGGCGAGGGAUUCGGAAGGCUGCUGUGGGACGGGAGGGACUGCGUUUCCCGCUGCGAUCUCGGAAUGCUAGAAGGACUUCACUGUAUUUUUGUCUUGCUGUUCGAGGACUCUCAUAAUAAAGUGAGAUUAAUCGAUAGAUUACUCACAUUAUAAUUCUUCCAUGGCAGAUGUUGCUUUCGUGUCCUUAUUGGAAUUACUGUCUCUACUUGUCAGUUAAGUCUUUUGGUACAAUGUUGAUUUUGUUUAUUCCCGAUUAGAAGAAGCUUGUAACUGAAGCCCAUGAAAGGCAAAAUGUUUUUCUCCUUGUCCCAGGAAAGACGGCAGCCAGCAAACGAGAUGGAGACAGGGUCCGCUUUAGAUGGCUACGUUGAAUUAGUUGGAAAGGUGAUAUUUACCAGUGUAGGAGUCAGUGCUUCUGACUUAGUGCUUAUGUCUGGGCUUCGACAUUUUGUUGGAAGUCUAGAACAUCACACAAAUUCAUAUUCAAGUAUCGAUAUAAAACCAUAUUUUGAGUGAAUUAUUUUUAUACUAGCAGCCAUUCGGAUUGAAUGUGUCUCUGUUCCUUUUCAUCACUUAACUUGAUGGGGAGUUGACUGCGUUUGGUUUCCACAUGGGGGGAAUUCCUACAGUAACCAGCAGAAGUUAUUCAGUGGGGUCACAUUCCCGCUGGUGUUUGUCUACUAUCCCCCUGCAGAUUUCAAGAAAAAUUUUAACUACGUCUUCUGAAAUUUGGACCUUUUUAGCAAACGAGGCAUUAUUUGUAAGGUUACUAUCUUGCAGGACUCUUUGGGCCCAGGAAAUUUUGUACAUGACACAAAAUAACAAGAUUCUUUUUAAUGACAUGAACCUCAGGGCAGUAUAAGCUAUGUAGAUUCCUUAUUGAAGAAAGAACCAUUAACAAAAUAAAAAUGACACCCAGACAGUAUACAGAAGUGUUUCUCAAAAGUCAAAUGUGGAUCAGAACCACCUGGAGGGCCACAGAUGGCUGGGCCUUACUCCUAGAAUUUCUGAUUCGGCAGGUCUACAACAGGGUCUGAGGACAUGCAUUUCUGAGUUCCCAGUUGAUGCUGAUGUUGCUGGUCUGGUGGCCACGCUUUGACUUCAGACAUUUCUUCUUUUAUAACUUAAGGAUUCAAUGAUACAGAUUUCCCUCCAAAUACUGAUUUAGCUGUAUCCGACAAGUUCUGAUACGUUGCUUUCAUGUCCACUUGUGCCAAAAUGCUUUCUAGUUUCCCUUCUGAUUUCUUCUAUCUAGAGUUAUUUAGAAGUGUUGUUUAAUUUCCAAAUAUUUAUAGGCUUUGUAGAUUCCUUUUUGGUAUUAAUUCCUAAUUUAGUUAAGAGAAUAUACUUCAUAUGAUUUGAAUCCUUUUAAACUUACUGAGAGUUGUUUUAUGGUCCAGCAUAUAGCCUCUCUUGGUAAAUCUUCCCUGCACUUUUGAAAAGUAUGUGUAUCCUACUGUCGUUGGGUGGACUGCUCUAUAAAUGUUGAUUGGGUUAAGUUGAUUGAUAGUGUUCACUGUCAACAAGUCAUAUAUUUUUAGAGAUUUUCUGUCCUUUUGUUCUAUUAAUUAUUGAAAGAGGGAUAUUGAAAUCUCUGACUAAAAUUUUUGCUUUGUGUA